CAUUGCAAACGUUAUAUAUUUGCAAGGAGGAGAUCCUUUCCUCUUCCUCUCUUCUCCUUUCUCUUUUGGGCCUGUCCUUCCUUCCUUCCUGGUUGCAGCCAUGGAAAAGUUCCUGGGAGGCUGCAAGGCAAACCUUCAGGAACACAUCCAGAGGAACCGGGAGGUCCAUGCGGUUCUGGGGAACGAGGCUUGCGACCUGGACUCCAUGGUGUCCGCCUUAGCCCUGGCCUUCUUCUUGGCAAAGACCUCUCCGGAGUCGAAGGCCGCCUUCAUCCCGGUCCUCAACAUCCCGCGUUCGGACUUUCCGCUCCGUACGGAGAGCACCUUCCUCCUCAAGGCGCAGGGCAUCCCUGAGAGCUCCCUCGUCUUCCGAGAUGAGAUUGACCUGCUUGCCCUCCAUCAAGCAGGACGCCUUUCCUUGACGUUGGUGGACCACCAUGUUCUGCCCAGCAGAGACGCAGCCCUGGAGGAGUCGGUGGUGGAAGUGCUUGACCACCGUCCCCUGGAACUGGAGCGCAGUCCUCCUUGCAAAGUGACCGCCGAGCUGGUGGGGUCUUGCGCCACGCUGGUGACGGAGCGGAUCCUGCAGGGCCCGGCGCACGUCUUGGACAGACUGACGGCAGCCCUUUUGCACGGCACGAUCGUCCUCGACUGUGUCAACAUGGCUCCCGAAGCAGGAAAAGUGACCCCGAAGGACGUCCGUUACGCUUCCCUUUUGGAAUCGCGGUUCCCCGAUCUCCCUUCCAAGGAUGCCAUAUUUGAGGCUCUUCAAAAGGCAAAGUUUGAUGUUUCAGGGCUCACCACGGAGCAGAUGCUACGGAAAGACCUGAAGGCCCUCUCUGGCAAAGGAACUGCCAUUGCCAUCAGCGCCAUUUACGUGAAUCUACCGGCCUUCCUGGAGCGUCCUGGUUUAGAAGAAGAACUGCGCGGUUUCUGCCAACUGAGAGGCUACGACAUGCUGGUCGCCAUGACCAUCUCCUUCAAUGAGCACAAUGAACCAUUCCGGCAGAUGGCUGUUUACAGUGAAUACGCAGAUCUCUGGACAGCGGUGUGCCGAACCUUGGAGCACUCGACCGACCCGUCCCUCAGCCUUUCGCCACUCGAGAGCCCAUACUCCACCGUCUGCGCAUACCAUCAGGGCAACACCACUGCUUCGCGCAAGAAGGUCCUCCCCAUCGUCAAGGACUUCCUGAAGCAUUGGGACCAGGGCCACCCUACCACUGUUGCCAUGCAGCCUGAGGCCACAAGUGUGCGUCCCCAGCCGAGAUUGGAAGCCAAAGGGUCCGAAAGCCGUCGCCCGGAGCCCGACGGGGCCCUGAAGGAUCCCGCCAAGCCCCACCGUUUGGGGGACGACCUGGCAGACGACGACACCCCGCUGCCGCCAACCCCGAUGAACAGCCUUGUGGACGAGUGCCCCCUUGACCGGGGUCUCCCCAAACUCUCGGCGGAGGCCGUCUUCGAGAGGUUCAACCGUAUCGCGGCAGAUCGUGCCUCUCCGGAUGAGAGCCCUCAAAAGAAGUGAGGCUGAGCCAAAACUGGACUCCUCCAAAUUCAGGGAAACUUUGGGUGUCUAUGGCUGGGCGGGUGGGGAUCAGGGCCGAAGCGACCCUUGCUUGGGAAAAUUAAUUGUACGGUACCUUUCUAUACAUGAUUUCCUAUAUUACAGCUUAGGGGCUGAGAAGCAAGACUUGCCAACGGAUUGCAAUCUUGUCUGUCAGGGGUUCGAGACAGGCAUACAGCAAAAGAAGUGCUGGUUGUGACACUGCCAUGAACAGAAAGGAAAAACUGGAGGGAAGUGAAUGGAAGCAUCCCACUAUUGCAUUUACCUGAAAUGGAGGGCGCACUCAUGUGCCGCUCUAUGGCAAUCCAGGCACGGCGGUGCACCAAAUACGCAACACUCCCAAAAGAGGCAACAAAAAGAAAUGACCAAGUUCCUCGCCGUUGACUGUUAUGGACAUGGUUUCCUCUAGAUAUAAAAUUAUAAGGUUAUACGAAGCAUGGACCUUGGGAUGCCCCUGAGUUUCUUUUGAGAUGUUAGAGGGAUGAGUGCUAGAAAAUGGAGGAGAGGCAGGGGAGGGAUUGCUUGAAAGACCCCUUUCCCUUUACUUUGGUUCCCAGGAUUAUGCCAAAGUAGAUCCAAAACAAGAAGCCAUCGCACCGAAUUUAUGGGACUGUUGUGAAAAAUGCAAUUCUAGAGAAUCAAAUUACUUUGCAAUUUAUUUUGUAAGAUGGAGGAAUCCACCUCAAUGGCGCUUCCCAUGCGUCCCUGGGUUCUUGUCCUCCUCCAGUUCAAUGCCUGCUUGUAUAGUAUAUAUCCUAGAAGAGAGAGUGUUUGAAACUGAUUAAUCCCUUUUGAGUGAAUAAAAGAAAGUCACCAAC